UCUAAACAAGUGGAACCACAAAGAUGUUCAGACUCUUUAGUCUUCUCGUUUUCAUUAGUAGGGUUCUAAAAUAUUAAAUCAUAUUUUUUAAAUCAGGAUUUUUAUAUAUCCUGUAUGAUGUGAUUAGUGUAAUACGUAUUUGGCCAUUUAAUAUUCAUCACAUUUAAUAGUUAUUCUGAUGACUAUUGUGAUAUUUGUUUAUUUAUUUAUUUGUUUGUUUAUUCAUUUGUGUUUCUCUGUUUUUCCAGACACUUCACUGGCUGUGGAUGUUGUUCAGCCCAGCCACCUGAUGAGGGUCCAGCAUGGAGACAGUGUGACCCUGACAUGCUUCCGUCCAGAAGAUAUUUCUUUUGCAGUUUGGUUUAAGCAGGCUGCUGGUCAGAAGCCCCAGCUGAUGGCGAAAGCACUUCGCUAUGUACCUGGUGAAUUUUACGAGGGAUAUAAAAACAUAACACGUUACUCCUUACAGAAUGCAGAGGGGAGUUUUAACCUCACUAUUUCCAACGCGGAGCCGUCAGAUUCUGCAGUGUAUUACUGUGCUGCUGUGUUCUAUAAUGAAAUCGCAUUUGGAAAUGGAACCUUUGUCAUAAUCACAGGUAAAGACUCCAACAGCAGGACUGUGGUACAGCAGCCUGUGUCUGACACAGUGCAGCCUGGAGACUCUGUGAGCCUGCAGUGUACGAUAGAGACUGGGAGCUGUGCAGGAGAACACAGAGUUUACUGGUUCAGACAUGGAUCAGGAGAAUCCCUUCCAGGAGUCAUUUACAGCCAUAGGAACAGGAGUGAUGAGUGUGAGAAGAGCCCUGAGGCUGGAUCUCCUACACGGAGCUGCGUCUACAGCCUCCCCAAGGGGAACCUCAGCCUCUCUGAUGCUGGGACUUACUACUGCGCUGUGGCCAUGUGUGGGGAGAUGCUGUUUGGCAAUGGGACCAAGCUGGAUAUAGAUGGCUUUCAGAAGCUGCUGGAUCCUCUUCACUCUGGCUUGCUGAUAGUUUUAUCUUGCAGCAUUAUUCUGAACGUUGCUCUCAUUUGUAUAACAUGUAAACUGACCUGUACGCACUGUGCAGAUCAGAAAAACAGUGAUUUAUCAAAAGCGGAAUGGUCACACAAGCAGUGCCAUGACGAGGACACACUGAAUUACGCUGCCCUGAACCUUAAGAACCCAAAACCCAGGAGACAGAAGAAAGACGGGAAUAAUGACACUCUGUAUUCUGACCUCCGCUACAGAGAUUAUGAAUAAAGAUGCUUCUCAUUCAUGUCAGUCACACAGAGUGUUCAGGGUGUAGCUUUAAUAAUGUUCAGAGGAGGGCAGUGGAGCCAGUGCUUCUGAGACUGAAUCACGGGAUUUUACGGAGCACCGGUGCUGAGUUUGGUGUCAGUGUGUUUAGGGUGCAUUUUUACUGGAAGUGCAAAUGUUCAGGCCAGACUGAGGAGAGGCAUGGGGAGGGGGGAUAAGUGGCGUUAAUGUUGUGCAAAGGCUGAGUUGCUGCAAUCAGUUCUUUUAUAUCACACAUGCAUACUUGUCUCCCUUAUAUAGCAUGGUGAAUAGUUUUAGGCAAACGCACAGUGACAUAUUCAUGAUAUUCAACAGACGAAAGAAAUUAAAUAAAAAUUUAAAGUGCUCUUAAAUUACAUUUUUCAUUUAAUUAUGUGUACUGCAUAUAUUUUUGAGUAUAUAUCUGUUCAUUGUGUGAUUAAUAAUGAUGUGGAUAAUUAAGAAAGAGGAGGUUUGUUUUUUGUUCCCUGUCCUGUUAUUUUGCUCACAACACACAAAC